AUGAAUGCAUUUGAAUAUUGUUUUCAUUACAAAAAAGGUGAAGCUCUUAUCUUUAUUUGUUUUGGCUUCCCUCCACAAACCUUUGAACCAAAAAAAUAGUUUCCACUUUCAUGCAUUUGUUUGUUGCAAUGGCAACUGUCCCAUCUCCAAUAACUUCAAUUUCUCCUCCAAAAUCAAAAUUCAAUGAGAAAAUCUCAAGAUUUGAGACCCUGAACCCACCCCAAAACCCUCUUUCUCUUCUACCCAAGUGCACCUCUUUGAAAGAACUGAAACAAAUCCAAGCCUUUACAAUCAAAACCCAUCUCCAAAAUGACCUCAAUUUCCUCACCAAGUUCAUCAAUUUCUGCACCAAGAGCCCAACUUUUAACUCCAUGGAAUAUGCCCACAAGCUGUUUGACAAUAUAUCCCAACCAGAUGUUGUCCUUUUCAAUACCAUGGCUCGUGGCUAUUCACGUUCCAAUACCCCAAUCCAAGCCAUUCCCCUCUUUUCUCAGCUUCUUUCCUUUGGCUUCCUGCCUGAUGACUACACUUUCCCUUCUGUUCUUAAAGCUUGUUCAAGUGCUAAAGCCUUGAAAGAAGGUAAACAAAUUCAUUGCCUUGUCAUUAAACUUGGGCUUAAUCAUAAUAUUUACAUAUGCCCCAGCCUUAUUAGUAUGUAUACUGAGUGUAAUGAUGUGGAUUCGGCUCGCAGGGUCUUUGAUAAGAUGUUGGACCCUUGUGUUAUUUCUUAUAAUGCUAUUAUUACUGGUUAUGCUAAAUGUAGCAGGCCAAAUGAAGCCUUGUCACUGUUUCGUGAAUUGCAAGUUAAAAGUUUGAAGCCUACUGAUGUUACUAUGUUAAGUGUUCUGUCUUGUUGUGCUUUGUUAGGAGCGUUGGAUUUGGGGAAGUGGAUGCAUGAAUAUGUUAAAAAAAAUGGACUUGAUAAGAAUAUUAAAGUAAGCACUGCUCUUAUCGAUAUGUAUGCAAAGUGUGGGAGCUUGGAGGAUGCAAUUUGUGUUUUUGAGAACAUGUGUAUCAGGGAUACACCGGCUUGGUCAGCAAUGAUUGUGGCAUAUGCAACUCAUGGGAAGGGUUAUAAAGCUAUUGAAACAUUUGAAGAGAUGAGAAAGGCAGGGGUACAACCUGAUGAGAUCACGUUUUUAGGUCUCUUAUAUGCUUGUAGUCAUAAUGGACUUGUGGAUGAAGGCUGGAGGUUUUUUUCUAGUAUGAGUGAUAAAUAUAGCAUUAUUCCGGGUAUUAAGCAUUAUGGGUGUAUGGUUGAUUUACUUGGUCGAACGGGAAACUUAGAUGAGGCUUAUAAGUUCAUUGAUGAAUUGCCAAUCAAGCCUACCCCAAUAUUAUGGCGAACAUUAUUAGCUGCUUGUAGUAGUCAUGGUGAUGUGGAACUUGGGAAAAGGGUAAUUGAACGAAUUUUUGAACUAGAUGACUCUCAUGGUGGAGAUUAUGUGAUCUUAUCCAACUUGUGUGCAAGAGCUGGGAGAUGGGAAGAUGUGGAUUUCCUAAGGAAAUUGAUGAAUGAUAGAGGGGUGGUAAAAGUUCCUGGUUGUAGUUCCAUAGAGAUGGACAAUGUAGUGCAUGAAUUCUUCUCUGGGGAUGGGGUGAAUACCAUUUCAACAUCUCUUCAUAAGGCACUUGAUGAGUUAAUGAAGGAAUUGAAGAUGGUUGGUUAUGUACCUGAUACCUCUCUAGUUUUUCAUGCAGAAAUGGGUGAAGCAGAGAAAGAAAUUUCACUUAGAUAUCAUAGUGAGAAAUUGGCCAUUGGUUAUGGGCUCCUAAACACUCCCCCUGGAUCAACAAUUCGCGUGGUAAAGAACCUACGAGUUUGCGGGGAUUGCCAUUCUGCUGCUAAACAUAUAUCACAAAUCUUUGAUAGGCAAAUAAUACUCAGAGAUGUCCAACGAUUCCAUCACUUCAGGAAUGGAAAGUGCUCUUGUGGCGAUUUCUGGUGACAGAUGGUUGAACUCAAUGUCCAGAUUAUCACUAGCGAAGCACAAUUCCUUGAAUCACGCUAACUACUACAGUGUUUUAACUGACGAUUCAUUGGUCAUGAUUUGUGUCUUGUAAAAAGGAUGAAGAGCUGCAGGGUCUCCCUGGGUUGAUUUCAGUUAUUUCCUUUCUAUAAGCUGUUUUGUUCAGUGGAAAUCCUAAGCUACAGUUAUGCAGUUUUACUGAAGUCUGAGGCUAUGAGUAGGUAAAAGCAUUUAGUUGCAAGUUUUGAUUUAUAAUCAACAACUUAAUAUUACUUCUACACAUAGUGCAAGUACUAAACCGAUUAUAUAGCAUUUUGUUUCAUAUCCCAAAUAAUUUUCCAAUAACAGCUUUUAUAGAGGAUGGCAAUAGGGAUCCUAGUGGUUUCACUUCUUGGGACUACCAAUGACUACUGCAUUUCAAAAAUUCUCAUUGUAUGCACUCCUUAAUAUAGUUGCUAAUGUAAAGGCAUACCUUUUAUGUUUCAUUCAUUGUAAUUCCUUGAUUCCAUGAAUAACAUCAUGAAGGAGUUUGUGAAUUACAAUGAAUAAUUCCUUAGUUCACUUAUUAUGACACGUGAAUAAAAGUUUUUAAGAGAGCAUUUAAUAAAA